AUGGAAUACAAAGAGGCCAUACACGGCAUCCUAAAGGAAUUGAAACAUCUUCAAGAGUAUGAUGUUGGCAACCCUGCCGAGUAUGAAAACAUGGCAAAGUCGGCCAUCAACCGCUUGAAAAAGUUUUUGGCGCUAGAUGGAGAGGAUCAGAUCUUGAGCUUAUGGACGAAUAUUGAAACAAUUGGUUAUCAUAGUGUAACUUAUCGCGGUACAGCAACAUCCCAUGAAAUUGAUUUUUCCAACGUUUCUAACCACCUUAAGUCUGGCAGCGACAAUGAAUACUUUCUCCGAGAGGUACUCAAAAUGCUUUCAGACCCUGCCAAUCCUUUAAGAAUAAAAUCAGCCUAUCAAUCGAUAGUAGAGAAGUUAGCCACAUUCUUGCGCUUUGUGGUUAGUGCGAGGAGUGAUGCAGAACAUAAACUCAAAGACUAUAUUUGCUCUUGUCUUUUAUACGAUAUGAACUUUUACAAGGAUCUCAUUAACGAGGACAAUUUGGAAGGCACUCAGAUGCUAGCGGAUAUUGUGGAAUCACAUGCUAAUGAUGAUGAAAAUGAUUCAGUAUUUAGCACUAACAAAUUUACCGACAUCUACCACACACUUCAACUUGGCUCAAACAGCCCGUCAUUUUUGGCAAUAUAUCGUCUUCUAUUACCAAUUUUAGUAACACGUCCGACGGUGAGUGUAUGGAAAGUCUCCUGCUCAAUAGUAGAUGUGUUUAAGAAGCAUCAGCAUGUGAGUUACUUUGAGAGUAGUGAUAAAGAGAUAGACAUAUCGUCUUUACUUCCAAACACGCACCAGGAACUAAAUCGUAAAUACAUCCUGGAUUCAGUGGACAAUCAACGUGGUACAGAUGAAAAUGCACCUACCGACCCAAUUGCAGUAUUCCCAGACCUCGUUCGAGUUAUUGUCGACCUCAAGGAUUUGAACAAAGACGUUAAUCCUGAAUUUCCCCGCCUUUUUAAACAUUAUCUUGAGUUUUUAGACCAAUGUUUACCUAUGGCAACCAAAGAGGACUACGAGUAUAUUGAAGAAGUACCUUCGGCUGUGUAUUCUAUAUUAGAAUUGGAGUCUGUCACCGACUUAAGAAGCGUGCUAGAAAGGUUUAUUUUUCUACAGUCGUUGCUUCUGUGUGAUAAUCCUUCUUCGUCUGUGACAUUACUCAUGCGUGCUAGUUGUUUUGAUUUUGAGAGACUACGUGACUUGGAAGAGCAAACGUAUCAAGUUUGGGUAAGCAGAUUGAGAAGAACAAGAGAUCUUGAAAAACUUCAUUUGAAGAGGGAUAAAAGAGCACUGCUACUUUCAAAAUGGAGAUUGGGUACAAAAAAGAGAGAGUUGCGUGACCGAGUCACUGCGCACCACUACAACGAGAAGCUUCAAUUGAUGACUAUAAGGAAAUUAAAAGUUGCCUUACGGAGCACGAGAGAGUUGGAGUUGAAGGCAAGGCAGUUGAGUAUGAAUCGUUAUCUCAGCAAAUGGUUUCAUAAAUUUCAUCUGAUAGAGGAAAACUCUGCAAAUGCCGAGGCACAUUAUGCAAAAAAUCUAGCAAGAAAAGCUAUAAAUGGGUGGGGCGAGAACACCAACCACGCUCUAGUUAAAGACUUCGAUUUAGAGGGCAUGUGCAACGAUUUUAUUGAGUCAUGUCGUCAGUCACUACUGAGACGAAUCUUUGCCUCUUGGUAUGGAAGAUUGGGCGUUGAGCGUGGGAUGAUUGAUUUGUUUUCCAAGUUGGACAAGUUCCAAGCGACAAGGAAUCAAUUUGUGGUUGAAAUUUGGUUUCGAAAGUGGCAGCAAUCUAUACAAGUCCUUUUCAACCUCAAAAACUUUAAGUACAUACUGGACCGCCGUGUGGUUCGCAUUGUAUUUAACAGUUGGCGAUGUAGCUUGCAACUAGAUGAUCGGGCGCAACGCAUAAUCCAUGAUCGUAACAUUGCAAAGAUGAUGGACAUUUUCCUGAAGUGGAAAUUGAACUCAAAUCGAGCCCAAGAAAGUCGACCAUUUCGCGAUCAAAAACUCAUACAGCGCUACUUUAAGAUAUGGAGAUUGAAAAGGAAAGCAAAUAUUUUCACUGCCUCGCGUCAUAUGCAUACAUUGAGUGAUGCUUUGCGGAAUUUGAGGAUCCAGUCUAUAGAGAGGCACUUUCGCAACGAAACAAACAGAAGGUUGGUGGUUUUGAUAUAUUUCCACUGGAAGGAGAAAUUUAAAGCAUCUGUAAUGCAAGAUGUUAAAUCGAUCGCUUUUAAUGACCAACUUUUGAGAAAGUUUGUUUUAAGCACCUGGAAGUAUUCGUUGGGUACCAUUGAUAGAAUGGAGCUUCAAGCUAAAAGUUUAGCUACGAGAAAGUUUCUUACCAAAUGGAGGAACCGUUAUUAUAACUGGAAGCAAGAGGUUGAAAAUGUCAGAGUUUUUAACAGGGCUGCUCUCAAACAUGCCAUGUCCAUUUGGAAAGAUAAAUAUGAUGAUGCAUUAGAGGGCAGGCUAGCUACUCGCAUACAGUAUAUGACAGAUUACUCAAACUUGCUAUUAAAGCUGAGCUAUUUCACCGACUGGAGAGAACAAUUUAUAUACCAAAUGGAGUUGCAAAGUGUCGCUUUUUCGUUCACACCAGGCCAGGCAACGUUUUUAUCCCACUGGAUGCGGCGAACUGAGGAGGUGCAGGAGUUGAACGAACGUGUUUCUAUUUACGAGGAAGGUUUGGCUCAACGAUUCCUUUCUCGAUGGUGGUCGCGAUAUGAGCAGAUUGAAACCAUGAAUGAACAAGGAGAGAACCAACUUGCUGAGCAAAAUUUUGCAACUUUGAGAGAAAUUACACGCGAGUGGAUUUUCAAGUUUAACAAAAACAUAAAACGGCAUUAUCAGUUAUCAAAGACUUUUCAAGAACGCGUUGACAAGCGAUUAGUUAGAAAUGUGAUGCACUUGUGGUUGCAAAAGCGUAGAUACCGUCUAGAAGAAGAAUAUGGAGAAGAAGGAGAAGAGGAGGAGUUUGCAAAUGAAACCUAUGUCAGCAAUUCUUCGCCCCUUGCAAGCAGAACCCACCAGCAGAGACAGCAAAAAGAAAAAGAAGAACGCGCCGUGCCUACACCCUGGAAACAGUUUUCACCAAGCAAAAUAUCCACGCCACGCUCAAAAGUCCCCAGUCCUUCGAAAUUACAGGAAACGUCACAGCGAAUGCGGGAGCAACAAAUUUCUCAACUUCGAGAAAGAUUUAGCAGGGCAAAGCUAUCACCACGCCAUAAAUUGAGCAGACCCAUUUCCCCAGUUAAGCUAAACUAUAAUGUGGAUCUAUCGCCACCAAAGAGUGAAAAAUUUUCUGAUCUUGGCCACGAAUCCCUUAGUCCAAAUACAUCCAAUUCAUCUAGCCCAACAGGAAUUCAGUCGCAGUUGAAUUAUGUGAAUGGAUCAUCAUCAAUUAUAUCCACAGCCAAGAGGAUGGGGCGAAUUAAACCAAUAGCAUUUCCUACAGGAGAGGAAAAUGAUGUCCGGCUUUCACCGGCAAGCAAGGUGAAGAGAGAAUCUAGAAUUUUAAUAGAAUGA